ACCGAGUACCGACACAAGUCACAACUCACAACGACCACAACACUAUUUCGUUAAAAAUUGCAUUACAUGGCAGAGGUGCAAUAAUUUAAAGCGAUUUUAGAAAGGCUAAAUUGUAUGAAAUAAAUAAGAUUCGCUUAUUUAUAUUAUGAAAAAGAAAUCUUGAUUUCAAAACAAGUAUAUUCAAUCGUAGCUAGUCAUGUUAAAGGAUAAAGGGCAAAUUACUUUUGAGGACAAAUGGCCGACUAUGCGUCCUAUAGUGUUAAAGUUACUGAAACAAGAACCGGUAACUCAAAUAGAAUGGCAAGAUCUGUUCGGCGCUGUGCAUUCGGUCUGCCUCUGGGAUGAAAGAGGGCCCUACAAGCUGAGAGAUGCUCUCCAACAGGACAUAAUGAUGUACAUUAAACAGGCGCAGGCUCGCGUGCUAGCACAGCGCGAGGACCAAGCCCUACUCAAGGCUUACAUAGCUGAGUGGGGUAAAUUUUUUACACAGUGUAACUAUUUACCCACUCCUUUUCGACAGCUGGAAAGCUCAAUUAAUAAUCUAAGCAAAGUUAGCAGUUCCAAUUCAUCAAAUUCACAAAAGAAGAAUAAUAAUAAUAACAUAGAAGACAGCCUAGUGCGUAAAUUGAUGCUGGAUUCUUGGAACCAAAGUAUUUUCAUGGAUAUCAAACAGAGACUGCAGGAUUCUGCAAUGAAAUUGGUACAAGCUGAACGUAACGGAGAAUCAUUUGAUUCUCAGCUAGUUAUUGGUGUGAGGGAAUCCUAUGUUAAUUUAAGCUCAAACUCUGUAGAUAAAUUGCAAAUAUACAAAGAGAACUUUGAAGCGGCGUACAUGCAAGCUACAGAAGAGUUCUAUAAACUAAAAGCUAAUGAGCACUUGUUAGAAAAUGGUGUACAGUCGUAUAUGAAAUAUGCCGAUCAACGUCUCAAGGAGGAGGAGGCUCGAGCUCAUAGAUAUCUCGAACCGGGGAGUGGCAGCGUAGCCGUACUUGCCCAGUGCUGCGAGAAGGUUCUUAUUGGAGAACAUCUUCCGACUUUGCUGGCUGAAAGUGCAUCACUUAUAAAGAUUGGCGAUACAGAGAAGCUCCAAUUGAUGUUCCGUCUUCUAGACAGAGUUCCCGAUGGUGUUAUACCCAUUUUGAGGGACUUGGAAGCACACAUAGUAUCGGCCGGCUUAGCUGAUAUGGUGGCAUCUGCUGAUAUCAUUACAACUGAUUCUGAAAAAUAUGUUGAACGCUUACUAGACCUGUUCAACCGUUUCAGUAAACUAGUCAAGGAGGCUUACUUGGAUGACCCGAGGUUUUUGACUGCCAGAGACAAAGCUUACAAGUGUGUAGUUAAUGAUACUACAGUAUUUAAACUGGAAUUGCCAUCCUCGGCUCUCUUAAGAGGCAGCAAAGGAACGGCGCCAGAAAGUAAAUGUCCAGAAUUGCUAGCUAAUUACUGUGAUAUGCUGCUGAGAAAAACACCAUUGAGCAAACGUCUAACUAGUGAUCAAAUCGAAUCUCGUCUUAGGGAUGUUUUAUUAGUUCUAAAAUAUAUUGAAAACAAGGAUGUUUUUAUGCGGUAUCAUAAGGCGCAUUUAACUAGGAGGUUAAUAUUAGACUCCAGUGCAGAUUCAGAAAAAGAGGAGGAUAUGGUUGAAUGGUUGAGAGAGGUCGGCAUGCCCGCUGAUUAUGUAAAUAAACUGGCUCGUAUGUUCCAAGACAUUAAGGUUAGUGAAGAUCUCAAUACGCAAUUCAGAAAUGACACUACAAGACAUGAUGCAAUAAAUAUAAAGAUUCUGAAUGCGGGAGCUUGGGCACGAGGCUCAGAAAGAGUGACAGUCAGUCUUCCCCUAGAAUUAGAAGACUAUAUACCUGAAGUUGAAGAAUUCUAUAAAAAGAAACAUUCAGGCAGAAAACUGCAGUGGUAUCAUCAUAUGAGUAAUGGCACAAUUACUUUUGCUAACUCUGUGGGACGUUUUGACUUAGAUGUCACCACAUUCCAAAUGGCUGUCCUAUUUGCUUGGAACCAGAGACCCACCGAUAAAGUUACUUAUGAGAACUUAAGGCUUGCUACGGAGUUACCUGAUCCCGAGUUAAGGAGAACUUUAUGGUCUCUGGUUUCAUUUCCUAAGCUCAAAAGACAGUUGUUAUGUUAUGAGCCACCUGUGCAAAAUCCUAAGGAUUUUUCAGAAAAUACAACUUUUUGGGUGAACCAGGAAUUUGCCCUUGUCAAAAAUAGUAAGCCCCAAAGAAGGGGUAAAAUUAACCUCAUUGGUAGAUUACAAUUGAGUACAGAACGAUCUCAACUUGAAGAUAAUCAUUCUAUCGUGCAAUUGAGAAUACUAAGAACACAAGAAGCAAUAAUUAAGAUUUUGAAAAUGAGAAAACGAAUUACAAAUACAGCAUUGCAGAGUGAACUUGUGGAGAUAUUGAAGAACAUGUUUUUGCCAUCAAAGAAAAUGAUCAAAGAACAGCUGGAGUGGCUGAUCGAGCAUAAAUACAUGCGGCGGGACGAUGAAGAUAUCAAUACUUUUAUAUACAUGGCCUAAUACAUUAAUGCACCUGAGAGAAUAAAUAAAUUAUUUAAUCAC